CCGGAAGCGGCAACUAGCCGCCUGGCCUGGAGUUGGACAGAGGGCCAGAAAUGGAGGAGAUCGGGAUUCUAGUAGAAAAAGCGCAGGAUGAAAUUCCUGCUCUGAACAUCUCCAGGCCUCAGACUGCCCUCUCCUUCUUGGUUCCAGAGGCUGAGGAUGUGGAGGAUCUCUAUAGUCGUUACAAGAAGCUGCAGCAGGAGCUGGAAUUCCUGGAGGUCCAGGAGGAGUACAUCAAAGAUGAGCAGAAGAACCUGAAGAAAGAAUUUCUGCACGCCCAGGAGGAAGUCAAACGCAUCCAGAGCAUCCCCCUGGUCAUCGGCCAGUUUCUGGAGGCAGUGGAUCAGAACACGGCCAUUGUGGGCUCCACCACAGGCUCCAAUUAUUACGUCCGGAUCUUGAGCACCAUUGACCGGGAGCUGCUCAAGCCCAAUGCCUCGGUGGCGCUGCACAAGCACAGCAAUGCCUUGGUGGAUGUGUUGCCUCCCGAGGCCGACAGCAGCAUUAUGAUGCUCACUUCAGAUCAGAAGCCGGAUGUGAUGUAUGCGGAUAUCGGCGGGAUGGAUAUUCAGAAGCAGGAAGUCAGGGAGGCUGUGGAGCUGCCCCUCACCCACUUCGAACUCUACAAACAGAUUGGUAUCGACCCUCCACGAGGUGUAUUGAUGUAUGGGCCCCCUGGCUGUGGAAAGACCAUGUUGGCAAAAGCAGUGGCCCACCACACCACAGCUGCCUUCAUUCGGGUGGUAGGAUCCGAGUUCGUGCAGAAGUACCUGGGCGAGGGGCCGCGGAUGGUGCGGGACGUCUUCCGCCUGGCCAAAGAGAAUGCCCCGGCCAUCAUCUUCAUCGACGAGAUCGACGCCAUCGCCACGAAGCGCUUCGACGCUCAGACGGGCGCGGACAGGGAGGUUCAGCGCAUCUUGCUGGAGCUGCUCAACCAGAUGGAUGGCUUUGACCAGAACGUUAACGUCAAGGUGAUAAUGGCCACAAACCGAGCCGACACACUUGACCCUGCUCUGCUCCGACCGGGCCGCCUGGACCGUAAAAUUGAGUUUCCUCUGCCAGACCGGCGCCAGAAACGAUUGAUCUUCUCCACCAUCACCAGCAAGAUGAACCUGUCUGAGGAGGUGGAUCUGGAGGACUAUGUUGCCCGGCCAGACAAGAUCUCAGGGGCCGACAUCAACUCGAUAUGCCAAGAGGCUGGAAUGUUGGCUGUACGGGAGAACCGCUACAUCGUCCUGGCGAAGGACUUUGAGAAGGCCUACAAGACAGUCAUCAAGAAAGAUGAACAGGAACACGAGUUCUACAAAUAAAAACUGGGGAAAGCAGGAUUGAGCUGGGGUGGUUGUCUCAGUCCUUGGGGAGUGGGGGGGGGGCUUAUGUGGUGUGUCUUUGGUGUUUCAAGGAACGAAAGUAGCGUAUGAAUAAAUAAUUUCCCAGGAUGUUGGAUGCUCCCUCUUUCCAAACCGUAGCCUGCCCACUUCCAGGCAGUUCCAUAACUUACUCCUGUGUCGGGUUCUUGGGCAGCAAGGUCUUAAAUAGGUUAGCUUUCUCGGCAGUGCUUUUAUCUGAAGCUCAAUGGAGACCUCACCGAUAUUUUGUUAAUCGUGAAGGUAUAUCGGCGGCGGCUCCAAGGACCUGCUUGAGGCGGUUCGCAAAGUAAAAGCAGUACAAUGAUCAAACCAAGACCGUGAGAAUGAUCAGCAUUAGAACUAGCAUCAGAACUAGCUUGCCCCUUCAUUUAAAAGCCUGGGUAAAAAAUGUUUUGGGUAGCUGCUUACACAACAGUGAAGCGGUGCUAGGCAAGAAUCAAGGGGAAGAGUCUUCUGUAGGAGAGGCUCAAGUCCAUAUGUCAUAUGUAGGGUUUUAUAGCAGGUACUCCUUUGCAUAUUAAGCGACA